AUGUUACUUCUUAAUCAAUGGCUUACUGAAAGUCUUAUUCAUGCUUUGCAGACGGAUUCCGUAGAUCCUGCUAUCCGAGCUUUCGAAGAGCACCGACGGGAGUUCAUCGAACUGAUGAGGGAGAUCCGAAAAAAGAACCCGCAUAUAACCCCCACGGAAUUGCAAAAGCAAGCUGAAUACGAGAUGAUAACGAGAGGCCCAAAAUCACGAGCAUUCUACCGAGUGCAGGCCACUAGACGUCUUAUAGGCGGUGGAGACAUCGUAAAGAAACGAAUCGACAAAGAACAUAAUAAAGCCAUCGACAUGGUACGACUUUACCUCAUAUCUGCUGUUGCACGAACUAAUUUUUCUUUUGCAUUUGAAUUAAUAACCCAUUCCUCAUGA